AAUAUUCACCGAUCAGUAGGGAACGUCACCGCACGUACCUACUACACCUAUUUCGAUAAUCCUUUUUAAAACGUCAACGAAGAAAAUGUUGUUCGCGUUCAUGUUGACGUCGGCAUUGGCCGUGUCGGCGGUGCUCGGCCGUUCGUCCGGCACGACACCGACGCAGAUCACGUACAUGAAAGAAGAACAAGUCCAAGGCCAGAUCGACGAGUCAGCACAGGUCGUGGCCGUCGGCGACCGAUCGUCGAACCUUAAAUACGUGAUGGCCAUCCAGAGCUCGAGCAUUUGGACGGACAUCAAGCAACGGUCGUUGACGAUCAACUCGCCACAGCGGUUGGACGACGCGGUGGCCGAAAAAUCGCCGAACGACUUGUCCGACGAGGAACUGGCGAAGCUCAAACAGGCGUGCCACGACGGGCUCAAGUGCGUGGCCGUCGACCAGCUGUUGGUGCUCAAACGGGUCAGAGAAUCGCUCGGCGACGGCAACACUUCGGUGCGCAUGGCCAUCACCAAGAUCACCCAGGUGAUCACCGAGUACACUACCGAGUACCACGAGGACGUUUACCAGUACGAGGAGGUCACGCAGUCCGACGACCCGUCCAAAGUGUACGAGUCGGUGACCAACAUUGUGGAAGACAACAAGGAACUGUGUCAGAUCGACGUCUCUGCGGUCGAAACGGGGAAAAAAAAUACGACUGAAUCGCCGAAAAAAAACGAAGUCGAAGCUCGCCCGGCGACGAUCGUCAAUAACAACAACACCGUCAACUACAAUACGACCAAUAACUACAACAUCAACGACGGUACCAUCAACAGCGCCAACAUCAACUUAGUCGCGCCCAAAGGAACCGAUGGCGUUUCCAUCGCGGUGUCCACUGACGACAGUCCUGCCGUAAACGAGCCCGAAAACCGUUCUCCGAACGACGCCGACCAACGGUCGACGUACCGUACGGCUGCGGACAGCAGUUCGCCGACCGGAAACGAAUCGUCUGUCGCCGGAUCACCGGAAAACGGCGCCGCGCACGAACGCGUCCGACGAAACGUCGCGCAGGACGAUCGCCAGGAGAACGCGUCGGCGAACGACAGUCGUCCGCCCACCCAGCUCAUGAUCACCGACGCGCCGCACGACGACAACGCCCACGACAGCGCCGGCAGACCAAAAGCUAUCCGCGCGCGUCCCGACGGUGCCCGCAAGCCCGUCACCGACAACACCGCAUCGGUUUCGAACGGUUCGAACGUCGACGGCGGAAACAGUGGUCGCGACACCGACCGCACCGCCGGCGAUGACGUGAGUGGAAACACCGCGACGAUUGUAAACAGCUCGGGCGGUGGCUCCGGCGAUAACGACUCUGACGCGGACAUCGUGAGCGCGGGCUCCGGCAACAGAGAAGACAUCAAGAAAGGUUUGGUCGAGGACGGUUAUUUCAACAACGGUAACAUGAAAGUCAAGAACUUCGACCGGAGUAACCGCAACAAGGGUACCAUCAAGAACAGUUCCGCCGAUCAAGGUAUCAUCGGCAUCGGGACCAUCAACAACGGACCGGUCAACUACGGCACGUCCAACUCGUACAACAACCAAGGAACCGUCGCGGACAUAGGCAAUCUCGACAUCCAGGAGUAUGCGACUUCCAUCGAUAAAAUGUACUCGGCGAUAUUAAGCAAACUCGCUAAUAGAGAUUAGUUUUCAGCAUUUACGCGUAGUUCGCGCAACCUUUUUCAUUAUUUUAACAAUAAUUUUCAAUCAUAAUCAUUGUACGUCACUCUGUUGUAUUGCACACGAUUGUUUAUUUUUAUUUUAUUUAUAUUGGUUAAGGGUAAAUUUAUCUUGUGGGUUUUUAUUUGUAUUAAUAAAUUAUUUAUUUUACUGUU